AAAGAGAGGCUGAUUUAUUAGGACAAGAAAUUAUGGCACGUGCAGGAUAUGAUCCUGCGAAAGCUGUAGAAUUAUGGGAAUUAAUGGUGUCUUUAGAAGAAACAAGUAAGAAUUCAUUAGAACAACAACUUCAAAUACCAAAGUCAUCACAUGAUGAAGAAG